UUUCCUGCAGUUGGUCCACAAUAGGUGAAAACAAUCCCGGGAAGUAGCUGAGGCAGCUCAUGCCAGAAGGAAUCGGUUUUGGUGUUUCAGCACUGGACAGCUCUCACUUUGUGAAGCAAUUUGUCUCAGCUGAUGGGAAACUUGAAAAUGUAGGGCUUUGCUCAACAGCAUCUCUUGCCACAAGUGCUACCAACAUGGAACCUCUAAUGAUGACCAUCCCCGAGUUCCUGUUGGAAGUGUCCAUAGUAGUGAUGGGUGUUGUCUCCUUGGUGACCAACAUGUCAGUGCUGCUGUGCUUCACCCAGAGCUCAGAGUUGAGGUCCCAUGUUCCAGGAAUCUUUGUCCUUAACUUGUCAUUCUCCAAUAUCCUCCUGGCUUUCAUCAAUAUGCCGGCCACCUUUUUCGGGGUGGCCAAAAGCGGAGACCCCUUCGGGAACUUGUUUUGCCAAAUGGUCAGCUUUGCGGAGACUUUCCUCACCACAAACAGCAUGUUGAGCAUGGCAGCUCUGAGCCUGGACAGGUGGAUCGCCGUCAUGUUUCCUCUGAGCUAUUCCAGUAAGAUGCGCUACCGGGAUGCUGUCUUGAUGGUGGUCUACUCCUGGAUGCAGUCCCUCGCUUUCUCUUUGACACAGCUGCUCAUGAACUGGGGGGGCUACAACCACACGUAUGCCUCGUGCACCGUUAGCCUGGCAGCAGAGGGAAGGUCGCAGCUGGCCGCCUACGCCACCUUCACUGUGCUGCUCCAUUGCAGCAGCUUUACUGUCAGCCUGGCCGUGCUGUGCUUCUCCUACCUCAAAGUUCUGAGUGUGGCCAAGUCCCACUGCAAGAGGAUUGACGUAAUCACAGUGCAAACUCUGCUCUUGUUGGUUGACAUUCACCCCAGUGUGAAAGAAAGGUGUUUGUCAGAACAGAAGAAGAGGAGACAGCGUGCCACAAAAAAAAUUUGCAUCUUCAUCGGCUCUUUCAUUUUCUGCUUUUCACCCUAUGUCAUAACAAGAUUAGUCGAGCUGUUGCCCUCCGUGCACAUCCCGCAGUACUGGGGCAUCACCACCAAAUGUCUUUGCUAUGCCAAGGCUUCAAGUGAUCCGUUUGUCUACUGUCUACUACGCCAUCAGUACAGAAAGGUUCUGGUUCGUGUCAUCGGACGCUUUGUGAGAAAGGAUCAUUACUUAUUGUCUGCUAGCACCUGGAGCAGCACAUUUGACACAACAGAAGACAAUUGGGCAGCGAGAACAACAUGAACUCAGUGUGCAGCUCUUUCUAAUGAGGCGGCAACUGCAAACCUUCUGCUCAAUGUUUGGAAGGAAUAGGCUCAAGGGCAAAUGGAUGAGAACCUGUUCUCUGCUCUAGGGCACUUGAGGGCUGGAUCACAUGCUUCCUGAACACAUGCUGUGGGCAAUUUAUUUAUUAAGGACAUGUAACAAUGUAUCCUGAAUGCAGGCUUGCAUUGUUGUGAUGUGUGCCAAAGAUCCUCUUAAACUCUACGACUGUUAAUUUCAAUAGGGCUGAUCGGUUUGCCUGCAGAGUCGCUGCCAAGGGUUUCUUUAAACCGGCAAGUGUACCCCGCUUUAUACAGUAUUUAAUUUCCAACCUUAAUGUUAAUGUACUGUACACUCUUAGUAAUGUUGAAUUUGUAAAGCAAAUGUCAUCUAUGUACAUAAAAUCACAUUAUGUGGACUCUGACAACAAUUGAUUUGACAUAAAAUGUUAUGUCCAGUGCCACGUGUUUGCAAUUGUGUGACUGUACCACAUGACUAUAAAAAUACAUAUUUGAAGAAUAAACUGUUACAUAUAAAUUAUUACAAACAUAAGAGACUUCAAAUUCAACCCGAGGAGCAGUGUGCACUCUGAAAAAACCCCAACAAAAACAAAAAAACAAAAGUUCACUAUAGACUAUGGACGCCCGGCUCGUUCCCUAAACAUCUCAUCAGUCCAGAUACAUUAAAACCCAUUUUAACCUGCCGGUUACAAUAGUGAUCAGAAAA